UACCAGCCAAGAGAGAACACAGUAACCAAACUGCCAGCAGAAUCUCUCUCAUUACCAGCCAAGAGAGAACACAGUAACCAAACUGCCAGCAGAAUCUCUCUCAUUACCAGCCAACAGAGAACAGAACAACCAAACUGCCAGCAGAAUCUCUCUCAUUUCCAGCCAACAGAGAACACAGCAACCAAACUGCCUGCAGAGCCAACCUAUUGGAUCACUUAGGUCUGAAGAACACAUCAUAUGGUCUGAAGAGAAUAGAAUACAGAGCUAUGUUCAUUUGAACAACUUCCUUGACAUACUUUUCAUUGCUGGCUUGUCAGUCACCGUGACUGUGAUAAGAUAACAAUGUCCAACCCCCAACAUCCCUAACCAAAAGGUAGGACUGGAAAGUUCAGCAUUAUAAGCAGUGGAUAAGAGAGACCAGCCCUAGGGUGUGUUCUAUUCUGAGGUCCCAGUGACGGGCAGGAAGGACAAUGGGAGACAGCUAAAUACUCUGGUGCAUUCUACUUCCCAGCACUCUGAGCCUCUACGGAACAUCUCCCUCAGCACAGGAAGGGGAAUCUACAUUUUAUUGUUGUCUUCUAGGGGAAUCUACAUUUUAUUGUUGUCUUCUAGGGGAAUCUACAUUUUAUUGUUGUCUUCUAGGGGAAUCUACAUUUUAUUGUUGUCUUCUAGGGGAAUCUACAUUUUAUUGUUGUCUUCUAGGGGAAUCUACAUUUUAUUGUUGUCUUCUAGGGGAAUCUACAUUUUAUUGUUGUCUUCUAGGGGAAUCUACAUUUUAUUGUUGUCUUCUAGGGGAAUCUACAUUUUAUUGUUGUCUUCUAGGGGAAUCUACAUUGCCAAGAUGCCGGAUCAAGUACAAGAGCAAAAGUCGAAGAUCUCUGCCUCCCGUAAGCUCAUGCUAAAGAGCUUAAUGGUGGCCAAGGCGAAGGAGGAGAUCGAGCAGGAGACAGUGGAUAAAGAGGAGGAGAAGGAGAGGUAUCUGGCUGAGAGAGCUCCUCCCUUGCAGACUGGUGGCAUGUCGUUUGCUGAGCUCCAGGAGUUAUGUCAGGAGUUACAUGCUAAGGUUGAUGUGGUGGAUGAGGAGCGAUACGACAUUGAAGUCAAAGUCAUGCACAACACCAGAGAGAUCAAGGACCUGAACAUCAAGGUUCUGGACCUGAGGGGGAAGUUCAAGCGGCCCAACUUGAGGAGGGUGAGGGUCUCUGCUGAUGCCAUCCUGCGCUCCCUUCUGGGCUCCAAACACAAGGUCUCCAUGGACCUCCGGACAAACCUGAAGUCAGUUAAGAAGGAGGACACAGAGAAGGAGAAGACAGUAGAGGUCAGUGACUGGAGGAAGAAUGUGGAGGCCAUGUCUGGCAUGGAGGGCAGAAAGAAGAUGUUUGAUGCAGCCAAAGGCCCCGCCCCAUAGACACAGAAGAGAAUACUAAACAUUUGGUUACCUUGUUUCGUGUUUCUUUCAUUUUUAUUAGUCACGGACAUUCAAAAUGUACGAAUGGUAAUCCUUUUCAUCUCUUGUGAGUGUAUCUGCUUUGUCUUUCAGUGCCACUAAUACAACUGUGUUAUUUUUUGUUCAGCAUGGUUAAUACAACACAAGCUGUAGGCUAAUCACAAUUUUACGUUAUUUUGUUAUGGGUGAAAAAGAGCAUGAAGACAAUUUCUGCUCCUUACUGAUAAUAUUGGCCUGAGAAUAAAUGAUAAAGUAAGGUAAGCCAGCUUUACUUUAAAGCUGAAGAUGCUUUAGAUGUUUUGCUUGCUGUACAUUCAUCGUGGCAUAUCCUUCUACUCCAAUAAAAAUAUUAUUAUUUA